GCUGCGACUGUGAGAGUGUUCGGUUGAAGAAGGUUGCGAUUCUUAGAGUCUUUAAUCUCUGCUACUAAGUUUUAUUUAUUCUUUAUUACUGCAAAUUUCUGUUACUGAGAAUUGCUAGGUUUCGAUUAUGGCAUUGCACAAUCCUUCAAGCUCAAUUCUCAGGUUCUAAUUUAUUUUUUCAUUCAUGCCUCCUAAGAUUCCUCCUAAGUUUAGAAAGUUUGAAUCUGGAAAUGAGAAACGUAAGAAAAAGAAAAAACUCGAAGAGUUCAUUCAAUCUCAAAGAGGAGCUCUUGAUAAAUUUCUCAUAAAGGAACCACAAAUUUCUAUUGAAAAUGAGAAUGUUGGUAAUGUUGAUUCUGAAAUUCUUGAAAAUGUGGUUGAGAAUAAUAAUACGGAGAAUGAAAGUGUUAAUCCGGAAAAUAGAGGCGAUGUUCAUGGUGAUGAUGUUAAUUUGAAUACUUCACUUGAUAAUGAAGAUGAUGAUAAUCUGGAGGGUAAUGUUAAUGACAAUGUAGAGCAAGCAAACCCAAUUGAACGUUCGUUUGAUAUAUUUGAUCCAAGAAAUUGGGAUGCUCUUGAUUCUAAAAUGAUUGAUUUAUUAGUUAUGGAAGGUCCUAAACGCGAUUUAUCCAUUGUAAAUGGUCCUAAAGAUAAAUCUUCUAGACGCUUUACAGCUAAUUUAUAUACUAGGACUUUAGCAAAUGGAGAGAAGUGGGAUAGAAAAUGGCUUGUUUAUUCGAAAGAGCUCGAUAGAGUAUUUUGUUUUUGUUGUAAAGUUUUUAAAAGAGGGAAUGUUAAUGGUCUAUUAACAAAUGAGGGUUUUUGUAAUUGGAAGCAUAUUGGUGAAAGGCUUAGAGAGCAUGAGAGAGGCGCCGUACAUAUCAAGAAUAUGGUUACUUGGAAUGAAUUGCUUCAAAGGCUGCAAAAGAACCAGACUAUUGAUAAAACAAUUUAAAGACUAUUCUCGUGACAGUUGCUUCUACAAAAAGAAGUUUUUCAAAAUUGAAAUUGUUGAAGUCUUACUUGCAAUUUAUCAUGUUACAAGAAAGGAGUAAUGUAUUAACAUUGAUAGCGGUUGACAAUGAUCUUUUGGAGCCAAUACAAAUGAAGACUUGAUCGAUGAAUUUACUUAAAAGUAUUAGAAUGAUGUCUCUUUUUAAGUAGUUAGAAGGUUGAUAUUAGUUUGAAGUUGUAUUGAGAUGUUAUUUAUAAUUAAAUAUAGUAGUAUGAGUAUUUUGUGCUUCAUUUGGUAACAUUUUGAGUUUAUGAUGUUAUUGAUUAGAACAUGACUGUUAUUUUCGUUAUUUACAAGGAUGUUUCUUUAUAUUAUUGAUGUUGUUUACUAA